CGUAGAUGGACAUUUUCUUCCGUAUCUUCGUUUUCGUUGGCGGAAUAUAGAAAAGGGAGAUCCUGAAUUUUUCCCGCCCCAUUUUCCUUCGAUCCAAACAAUGGCACCAAAAUCCGAUAGCGCCGAAGCGAUCGUGUUAAACUUCGUCAACGAGCAAAAUAGGCCGGUGAAUGCACAGAACGUGGCGGAUGCAUUGCAAAAGUUCAAUCUCAAGAAAGCGGCGAUUCAGAAAGCGUUGGAUAAUCUGGCAGAUGGAGGUCGAAUUUCGUUCAAGGAGUAUGGGAAGCAGAAGAUAUACCUUGCGCGGCAAGAUCAAUUUCAAAUUCCCAACACUGAAGAGCUGAAUCAGAUGAAGGAACAGAAUGCUGAGCUGCAAAAACAGCUGGAGGAUCAGAAAAAGGCUACUAGUGAGGUUGAAGCCGAAAUUAAGUCAUUGCAAUCAAAUUUGACACUGGAACAGAUAUUUGAAAGAGAAGUGAAUCUGAGAUUGGAGGUUCAAGAAAUGGAGGAAAAAUUGACCAAGUUACGUGGAGGUGUUACUCUGGUGAAGCCAGAAGAACGAAAGGCAGUUGAGAAUAUGUUGUCAGAGAUGAUAGGUCAGUGGAGAAAGCGGAAAAGAAUGUUCAAGGAUUUAUGGGAUACCCUCACUGAGAACUCACCUAAGGAUCCCAAAGAAUUUAAGGAGGAGCUUGGAAUAGAAUAUGAUGAAGAUGUUGGGGUAAGUUUGCAGUCAUACAAUGACCUGAUUCAACAGGGUAAGAAGAGGCCUAGGGGGAAGUGAUGUAUUUAUUGGAAUCAACAAAUUAGGAAUACAGAUUGUUUGGUGUUCUGACCUCGGUGAAAAUUACUGCAAAUUACAUAUAGCCUUAUGCAUUAAGUUUUCACAAUUCUGACUUAGUUUGGGUUUAUUCCCUAAAAUUACUAGCCUGGCUCAUCACUGGAGCAUAGUCUCAAUGCAAUAUUAUUGUUAAUAUCUCUUUGGGCGCAGGCAUUGGUCCUAUUUACAUUGCUUACUUUUCUAGUGCUCAUGUUUCAAGGACAAACUUUAUCGUAAUUCUUGAA